CAUCACACCGUACUCCGUAGCUUAUCGUAGUACUGAGUGCAAGUGAUCAAGUCUGUGCACCGAUACAUUAUACAUUCGCUGUAAAAGAUAAUCUCGCGUUGUAUACAUACCGCGCGUGUUUGAAUUUCUUUAUAUCUUUUUUUUUCGUAAACCAGUGCAAGUGAUACAAAAAUUAGGUUUAUGAACACCUAAAACAUAUUGUGUAAUGUGACGGUAAUAUGACAAGUGUUUUAAAAAAAUCUAGAGGCACUAAAGGAAAAUCGGAAUCCAUGCAAGAAGAUUUGCCCUCAAGAUGGAUCGUGUCCCCGGGGCACAAAGCCGAAGAUUCAGCAAAGUUGAUCAAAUUCAUCGAUGAAAAUAUUAUUGGCAAAGGAAACUCAUUUUGCGGCCCAUUCGGACGCAGAAAAGUGGUAUACUGUGACUACAGCGGGUCUGGUCGAGCGUUGCAGUGGAUAGAAGAAUACAUUGCGCGCGAUGUUCUACCGACGCACGCGACGCGUUGCACCGCGCUGUCUGUCACCUCUGGACAGACGGAAAUAUUCCGAACGGAAUCAAAGGACAUAAUACGCAAAGCAGUUCGAGCCAGCGAGGAUGACGUAGUGGCCCUGGGAGUGUCACUCGCGAGGUUCCUCCGAGUGUUGAGGCCGCAGCAUGUGGUCGUGUUUGUGUCAUCGAGGGAGACUGAGAGGCAACUCGCGCCGUGGAAGGAGUGUGGGUCGGAGAUAAUCAAGAUACCAGAAACGAAGGAAGGGUUCAUCGACCUGAACAACUUGGAGCACAAAUUGCAAGCAAAAUCGGACUCUGGGAAGCUUUUGAUAGGGUUUUUCCCGGCUGCUUCAAAGUUAACAGGAGUAUUGGCUGAUGAUGUGGCCACGACGUUGAUUCUACAUCAGUAUGGAGCGUGGGCGUUCUGGGAUUAUACUCUAGUGGCUCCCACAUCAGUACUGGAUAUGAAUCCCACGUUUCUAGGCGUGGAGGAGGGAAUGGUGAAGAAGGAUGCGGUUUUCUUCAAUUGUGAGAAGUUCGUGGGAGGUGUGCAAGGCCCGUACGUUAGUGUCUUCAAGAGAGACGUGUUUAAGGAUUCGCCGAUGUACUGUCGAGAUGUUGAGGCACUAUCAGAAUCGAUAGAAGAGAUAAGAAGCACAGAAGCAGUCCGGGCUGCGAUAGUCAUGCAGCUACGGGAUGCUAUUGGCUUGCAAGCGAUUGCUGAUAGACAGGACCAUAUUACCAGACAAGUUCUUUCUCACAUCAAGAAUAUUCCAGAAUUAAUAUUACUGGGCAGUGAAAUGCCAACUGUGAGGCGAUUACCAAUAUUCUCCCUUAUGGUGAAGCACCCAAGGGGAACUUUCCUUCAUCAUAACUUCGUCUGUGCAGUUCUUAAUGACGUCUUUGGAAUACAAGCAAGAGGAGGACUGAACAGUAAUCUGUCUUAUGGAUCUGAUAUCUUAGGGAUAGAUGAACAACUCUUAAAAGAAUAUGAGAAAUUAUUGGAUGUUGAAGCACAAAAAGAAAUCGCAAGGGUGCGGAAGCUAAGUGUAGUCAAGUCGCCUGAAGUGCCAAUACACAACGAGCCUCUCAGGCCUGGUUUUUGCAGAAUAUCUCUUCCUUUCUUUAUGUCCGAACAUGAAUUAGCGUUCGUAUUGGAAGCCCUAAAAAUGGUAGCUACUGAAGGAUGGAAAAUUUUACCCCAAUAUGCAGUUAAUGCGGAAACCGGACAAUGGAGGCAUCAUACUUGCUCAGUGUUGAGAGACAAAAAGUCAUUGUAUUCGUUAAGAUUCCAUGACGGCAAAAUAACAGCACACGAGAGACGUGUAUCAGGACCAGGAAUAUUCCCACAAACAUACACAGAGUGCUUGCAAACCGCGCGCAAUUUGUUCAGUAGAGCUAGAAAAUUGGCAAUGAAAUGCCCUGCGAUAGAACCAGAAGUCAAUUUCAAUCCAAAGAUCGAUUACUUGAGGUGGUUCAUGUUACCCAAAGAGGCACAUGAGCUACUACUCGGUCGGUCAGCAAACGUUAAACAUAUUGUGCCAUUCGAUCCGUCCGGAUACACGGGAGCAAGAAAGAGUCUUAAUAAUAUAUCAAGAUGUUCUAAUACUUCAUCACCGAUACUAGGCUCAUCUCCUAGACACUUUAGUCUAUCAGCUAUUGAUGAUUGUCAAAUAUUCAGAUUAAAGCAGAAACAAAAGUUCUAUUCAAGAGAAUCCAGUUUGAGAGAAAGUACAAAAGAAGAAGCCGUUUCCGUUACCCAUCAACCAGUACAAUUUGCUGUUGGCGAAUCGGUUUCGCCGUUACGACUAAUCCCGCAGCGUUCGAGGCCUACGUUAGUCAGAUCUAGAUGUUACAGCUUGGGAUCGGACAGUCCGCCCGUAGCUCUAAGCGCACAGACAAAGUUGAAUCUCGGAUUAAAAGAAAUGAGUCCAAGUAACACAGAACAGUCGAAUAGUUUUUGUAAUUGUGGCAGUCAGACAGAUCUACAAUCAUUGGAAGAUAACAUGAUCUCGUCGAAUUCAAAGUAUCCGUACAGUACACAAAGUAGCACAUCGAUAUCUGAUUGCAGUCAGGUUGGUCGGACAUCGCCAACGGCAUCCAUAACUUCGCAAACAUCAGAAGAUCUGCAAACUUACGUUAAGGAAAUGACCAGGGAAAUUGCAACUGAGAUUAAGUCAGAAAUACGUGGAGUGAUCUCAAAAGUCGAUGAUAUCCUUGAAAACUCAGAUAUCGUUGAACAGGCAAAUGCGAGUAUAACCUCUUUAUCUAGUCAGAACGAUAAGAAUUCCGUAUCAAUCAUAGAUGUUGCGGAAUAUUUAAUGGGCAUGUCGAAGGAAAUGGCUUCAGAAGUGAAGCAUGAGAUUCGCGAAGUCGUGAAUCAAGUCGAUGAAAUGAUAUCACCUGAUUAUUCGGGUGUUUGUUUAAGGCGAAACUCUCCAUCUAAACCGGGAAGACAAAGAAUCGGUUCUGGACCUGAACUGGGAUUGGAUCUAAAGAAGACCCACCCGACGCAGUUUUUGAGAAAAUGUCCCACUAGUCCCGUAUUUCCUUCUCAAUAUGACGACGAUGACAAGAUGUGUAAGCACUCGCCGACUUCGCCACCAAAAUCGGCAAACUGCACUCCAUCUCACGAAGCCUCUGGUCCUAACAGUAUUUCGUUCAAUUCUAGUGAAACAUCAACCCCGGAUACGAUAAUACAAGUGAUGACAACUUCACGGAAUUCCCCGAACCUUCCAAAGUCGUCGAGCUCAAAUAAAUUAUCAGACGAUGAGAUAAGUUGCGUUGAUGCUGUGUGCAGACACUGUUGCAUUAAGAAAAAUUGGUGCCAAAAUCCCUCUGGGAGUUCGCAAGAUAGCGGCAUUAACAUGACAUUCACUGAUUCCGAUUCAUAUUUAGAUUUUGUAAAAUGGCGUACAUCAUCAGACCCAACAACAAAUAAGUUAAAGAAGCUCCAAGGCAGACUCCGCAUGUGUCCAAAGGCAGAAAAGAACGAAGUACCAGACAUCAUAGAAGGAGUGCCUGUGUGUUCUGGUCCGCAAAAGAGUUAUACUGAUGAUUCGGGACGAGUGGCGCUUCAAAUGCCUGAUGAGGAGAGAAAUCGAAGCACAACAGCAGACUCCAAGCGUUCCAGCAGAUCAUCUUGCACGUCGUCCAGCUGCUCGGAGCGCAGUUCCCGCUCCAGUGGGUAUGGGACGGAUCAGCAGAGGGUCUCCCACGAGGAGCAGUAUGAUAGGAGCAGUAGUUCAGCCCUCGCCUGGGGCGUGGAAGAGCGUUCGGACAGCAGCGCGUGCAGCGACGCGUCACUAAGCGACUUCACGUGCGACGACGACGCGCGCUGGCACUGCCCGCCGCGCGCCGUGUGGCACGCCACUGUCGAGGCCAUUCACGAGUACAACAUGAUACGCCCCGGUGACAAGGUGUUAGUCUGUCUGUCCGGACGUCGCGACUCGCUGGCCCUGUUGCACACCAUGCAUCAGUAUCAGUUCUAUGCCAGGUCUAAGGGCAUUCAUUUUAGUAUUGGUGCGAUAUACGUCCACGAGCCGCAGUCAGAAGUGGACCCUCUACACUUGAUGGCCUAUUGCAGGACUUUGGGAGUUAAAUUCAUUUAUGAGGACAAAAUCGAAGAUGAAGAUGAUGAACCAGCAAACAAGCGUCCCCUCCACCGCUGGUCGCGCAGCGGCGUCCGCCAGCGCGCGCUUGCAGCGGGCGCAGCGCUGGGCUACGGGGUCGCAGCGCUCGCGCAGCACUUCGACCGCGCCGCAAGCGCUUUCCUCGCCAGCGCCAUGUACGCGGGAGCGCUGAAGUCGCUUAAAGCGCACUAUCGCGUGAGAGACCAAGAGAUGCGCGUGAUCCGGCCAUUCAUCUACGUGCGCUCGCACUGGCUGGACGCGUUCUGUUGUGCAAGAGCUUUGCCCGACUUCACCAGACAACGGGAAGGGGAACAUAGUGAGGGGAGUAGUGGCAAAACCCUGACCCGCUCACUAUCCGAGCCCAGUGGACGCGAAGAUCUAGAUCUAGAUCAAGAGCAGGAUCAAGAACAUGAAGUUGAUCCACUGGCAGCUGCGCAGGCGCUGCUCGAUGAACAGGAACGAGCGCAUCCGUUUAUAUUCACUAGUCUUAAAAGUGCGUUACAUCCACUCAUAAGUGCAAGAUACAUAGAGAAAGACCAAAAAGAGCAGAGGCACAGGAAGAAAUCAGUGAUACAAAUGAAAAAUGGCGCCCCCGUGUACGACUCGGACGAUGGCUCAGAGGAAGAGUCUGUGCCAUAGACGUCAUUUCGCUUUUCCCGCCAAAAUGGAAAACGCCAUAAAAAAUUAAAAACUUAUUCGUGUACUCAGUGAUUAACGUCUUGAUCAAUAAUAUAAUAACGUUACGUAUAGCAUAGUAUUUUUUAUCUUUAUUAAGUUAUGAAAAGUUUAUUUCACGUUUCAAUAUUGCCAUGUUGAAGUUUCUACCGUUUUGGUAGUAUUUAUAGAAUAUAUGUGUAGUGACGAUGUGCAUUUGUUGUGUCUGGUAUUCGAUUGUUAGAGUAUAUUUUGUAUCAUGGAGAUGUUUAAUGCUUAUUUUUGUGUCAAGUUGAAUGAAAUAAUUAUAUAUUCGUUAUGACGUGUCGUUUGUGAUGAGAAAAUUUAUUAUAUUUUAAGGCGCCGGCCUCAUGUUGAAGAACUUAUUUUUUGAUAAAAUAGUGUAUUAGAAAUGUAUCGUAUUGUGUAUUAGAUUUUAAAGUUUAAAAUGUCCGUUUUCAAUAUAACAGAUAUUAUAUUCGAUGUAGUUAACUAGAUUUUAAGAAGUCUUAGCUUAGAUUUUUUCAAUUUAUCUUGUAUUUUCUAAUUUAAAUUGGCAAAGCUUACGUGUCGUGAAAGUUUUUUGAAGUGGCAACAUUAAUGUUGUGUGUUAUGAAUUGUAAAUCGCAUGGAAUGUAGACUGAUCUAUGAAAACAUGCUGUGACUAAUCAUUUUAUGUAUUUCAAAUCUGAUUUGCAUCGUUUAUUUGUUAGUUAUACGUAUAUUUUUGUACUAAACAUAAAUUCCUAUAUACGUAGAGUAAGUAAAUAAGAGUUGUUUAAAACAUGGAGUCCCAUACGUUGCUUCCAAUGUAAUGUAUUCACGUAUUAUAUACAAACUGUCGUAAAUGAACGAUUUUUUGAA